AUGGCCAAUAACCCAACCGAACAUCCAACCGACGAUUUCCUCCAGGAAAUCCUCGGGAUUCCGAACUUUGCUUCGGCUGAAGCCGGCUUGGUUGGAGCCGAUGGUGGCUUGUCUGGCGCAGCUGCUGCUCAAGCUCCUAUGAUGCUUCAGCUCAGCUCCGGUGAUGGUUCCGGCCACAUCUCCGCACUCGGCGGUGCUCCUGGAGGUGGAGGCGCUGGGUUUCACGGGUUUCCGUUGGGUCUUAGCUUGGAGCAAGGGAAGGGAGGAUUUCUGAAGCCCGAGGAGGCGUCUGGGAGUGGAAAACGAUUCCGUGAUGAGAUUGUGGAUGGCAGAGUGAAAAAUGUUUUUCAUGGUCAAACAAUGCCCACAACAGUCGCUGCAGCUCCACAUCCACCAGCAAUGCGCCCAAGGGUACGGGCUAGACGAGGCCAGGCCACAGAUCCACACAGUAUUGCUGAAAGGUUGCGCAGAGAAAGAAUAGCUGAAAGAAUCAGGGCAUUGCAGGAGCUGGUUCCUAGUGUCAACAAGAAAUCCACCACGGGGAUUGUUGGUGGUGGCUUGCAAGAGUUUUGCUUCAUAGUGGUUGGUCUUGUAGUUAUGCAGGAUUAUUUGACGGAUCGAGCCGCCAUGCUUGAUGAAAUUGUGGAUUAUGUGAAGUUUUUAAGGCUUCAAGUAAAGGUAUUAAGCAUGAGUAGACUGGGCGGAGCUGGUGCUGUUGCACCACUUGUAACGGACAUCCCACUAUCAUCAGUUGAGGAUGAAACUGGUGAAGGAGGAAGAAACCAACCGGCUUGGGAGAAGUGGUCGAACGAUGGCACUGAACGACAGGUAGCUAAGCUAAUGGAGGAAAAUGUUGGUGCUGCCAUGCAAUUUCUUCAAUCAAAGGCUCUUUGCAUCAUGCCCAUCUCACUAGCCACGGCAAUUUACCAUACACAACCACCAGAUACCACUACUAUUGUCAAACCAGAAACAAAUCCCCCAUCAUAG